AAUGAAAACCGAAACAUUUCUAGAGUUUCGCAGAUUCUAGGUAUUAUGCAACGCAGCUUUCGAUCGCCCUGACCCAAAAAGCCCCACAAAGCUGUCAACGCAGCUGCCAAACUUGAACUUCAAAGAGCUGGGGCCAAAGAAAACUGCAAACGUCGUCAAAUCGAGUUCCAUAAAAUGCGAGAGCGAAUGACCAAAAGUAAACAGAACUCAACUGAGAUUCAAAGAUGGUUAGUGAUCAGGGUUUGAGGGCGACGCUGCUGCUGUUGGCGCUGACGUUUCUGGUGGGGCAGCAGCUGGUGGAUGCCAGCAAGAUAGCCUACAAGAAGCCGCUGUAUGGCAAGCUGAGCCACUUCAAGGAUCGACGAGUCAAGCAGCGCACGACGAGCAGCCCGACGCUGGGCACCACCCAGGAGGCGGAUUGGCCAGCGCCCGUUGAGUUCAUUAUCAACAGCAGCACAGCCAAGGCGUUGCCACAGGAGGAGCAGCUGGAGAGCAGCACGGGCAGCAGCAGCACCACCACCACCUCCGUCCAGCCCUUCGCCACCUCCACGGCCACCUCCAUCAUCGGCAGCAGCACGCCCCAUCCAGAGCAGGAGGAGCUGGAGCACGAUGAACUGCAACAGGAGUCCGAGCUGGGCAGCAGCUCCACCACCAGCACGCCCGGCAGCCUCGACAACACGCUGCCCUCGCCGCCAACGCCAGCUGGAGCGGAUCCGCAGCAGCCGGUGCCCUGCACCUGCGGGGUCUUCCUCACCUCGCAGAUCAAGAACGGGCUGCCGGAGACGCCGCUCAUCCACAACGAAAUGGAUCGCAUGUAUCCGUGCAAUGCCAUCGGACGCAAGCAGUGUCAAACCAAGUGCCUUGAGACGAUCGUCCAGCAUCUGCCCAACUCGGCGAACAUCGUAUGCUCCGCAUUAGGCCACAAUUGCCACAAGGAGCGCGCUUAUCUGUUCAUCAAGAAUUGCCAGAAUGUCUGGGUGAAUACGAAUCUGCAGGCCGGGCGCGAAUAUUGCUGCAAGGAGGGGCAGCCCUAUCGCUGCCCCUUGCUGGGCUGAGCUGAUAAAACACAAUAGAAAAUACUGUUUUUAAUAAAUAAUCUGUCGCUGUGAACAA